AUGCUAGAGGACAAUGAAGUAGUCGAUACACAUAAAAUUAUUUGCAAGUCCUUUAGAGAAACAGGAUAUUGUGGAUAUGGAGAUUCUUGUAAAUACUCUCAUGACAGGUCUAUGGGAUACUCCGAGAGCCCUGUUGUUUCUGAUACAGGACUUUUGUGUGGGAUAUGCAGGAAGCUGUAUAAAGAAAGAGUAGUUACCGAAUGUGGGCAUAGCUUCUGCUCCCUGUGCGCAAUAAGAAAAUAUCAAAACGGUGACGAAUGUGGAGUAUGUGGAAAGCCGGUGUAUGGGAAGUUCUGGGUAGGAUGA